UUAAAGUGGGGAGCUCACUGUCGUCUUCCGGACUUGACCAGUGACAACCACCGAAGCAAGCACCAGUCGUCGCUCCCAAGCAUUCCUCCCCGCGCGCGAGAUCGAGGGCGGCUUGUUGGCGAUGGAGAAGAAUGUCGUGAUGGUCUGCGCCGCCGUCGGCUUCCUUGGCCUCCUCUCCGCCGCGCUCGGCUUUGCCGCAGAGGCCACAAGGAUCAAGAGAACCGUCAAACGCGUGGCGUCGGGUCAAUUUCUUGGUUCCGUAUCUAUUUUCUCCCUACUGAACUCGCAGUUGGGCGGAAGGGCCUUGAUGAGUUCUCUUCCCUCGGGUAUUUCUUGGAAGGUGCGGCUUUGGUGCUACAACAAAGCCAAUAUCUUGGAACCGCCUUCAGCGAGAAUCUUUGUCCCCUCUGUCGCAGUAGGGUUUACAGGGUUUACGAUCUGGAUCUUGUUAAUCAGGAUGCCUCUUUUCGGUGUCAUCUUUUCUUUCAGUGUUAAAAAUCUGAUCUUUAUGUCCUUGGUUGUCUUUUCUUUCUUAAAUAAGGCCGGAACUGUGAUCAAUGUGGUCUUUCCAGAAGGUUAUUUGCAGGUUUCUGAUGUGCAAACAACAACAUUAGGUGUCUGCAUGUAUCCAAGGAGCCCAGCACUAGCUCUGGGUUUAAUAGCAGCAGUGGCUCUUAUGAUAGCUCAGGCCAUCAUAAAUACUGUGUCUGGGUGUAUUUGCUGCAAGAAGUAUCCAAAUCCAUCAGACACCAACUGGACAAUAGGGUUGAUCUCCUUUAUUGCUUCUUGGGUUACUUUUAUAAUAGCCUUUGUUCUAUUGUUGUCUGGUGCUGCCCUAAAUGACCAAUGGGGGCAGGAAAGGAUGUACUUUGGCGAAUACUGCUAUGUUGUCAGGUCUGGAGUAUUUUCAGGAGGGGCAGUCCUAUCUCUUGCAAGUGUUGCCCUGGGGAUCGUUUAUUAUGUUUCAUCAUCUUCCCCAAAGAAUAUGCAGCCAUGGAGUCCACAGCAAAAUCAAGGCAUCGCAUUGGGCCAGCCUCAAAUUCCACCUCAGGCUCAGACCACCCCAGUGUUUGUACAUGAGGAUACCUAUAUUCGGCAGCAAUUUCCAUGAAGGUGUUGGUUGCUAGUUAUGCUUGAUCAUUUUCUGGUUCCUGCUCCUGUGGACUCUUACUCUUUUAUGAUGAGAUAGAAAUGCAAAUCCCCAUGAUCUGAAACUAGUUGGAUUUUGGAGUUACCCUCCUACAGUGGUUCUGUAUCAUUGUUGCAUAAGGCUUGGAUGAAUCAUACUGUGUCGUUGAAUAUUAGUCGUAUUUUUAUUUAUCUUCCAUGUGAAAGAGAAAGCUUAGUAACAGGUUAUGCAUUUUGGUUGCACUGAACUGCAAAUAUUUAAGUUGGAAUGGUAACUUGUCGUUGGGGAA